AUGAGCUCGCCCUCUUCUGAUGCUCCCAUCAACUUCACCAAGGAAGUAGCCUGGGCUUGUGGUGGCUGCUUUUGCCAGAACUGCUCGAGUAAAUCGCUGGCCCUGCCACCCAAGCAUCCCACUCCCGUCCGAGUCUGCGACAAAUGCUUUAAUAAGUUCCAGGGGCGACCGGCUAAAGUGGCCGAAGCAGCCCCUCUGAUGUCUGCUUCUCUUCCGGUUGACUACUUUACUCGCAAGAUAGACGACUACAGUGGCCCGAAGGCUUCCCGCCCCGAUCCGCUGGCGGCGAGCAUGAACUUUGACCCGGGCGACUCGCCGAAAGCCAAGUGGCUCACCGAUCGACCUGCCUCCUAUUACUAUUCGGCUCCUCCAGUAGAAGCAGUUGAAGAGGAAGAAGAAGCGGGCGAAGAAGAGGUCAAGGAUGAAGAAAAGACGGAAGAACUCUCACCCGAGAAGGAGACCGACUCCUCAUCGACCAAACCUGCAACUGUCGCACGCGAGACGCAGACUUCUGAAAAGGAGGCGAACCAGGCGGAGGAGGCGAAGAACGAGCAAAAUGGUGACGAUGGAGACAACGAUAGUGGCGAGGAGAAGCAGAUAGGAGCGAACGUCGAGCGGGAUAACGGCGAGCCCGGAGGAGAGAGCGAGAAUGAAGACGAACACGCUGCCGAGAAGGACGAGACGCCAAAGGGCGUCGCUGCUUCCGCCGAGGGAGCCUACGAGGUCCUGGACGAUAGCAGCGAUGACGAAGUGGAAGACUAUACUCGACCUGAGGUCCAACAGGAAGCUGAAGUCCCUGAGAAAGCGGCGGAGCUCAGCGAACUCGAGCUCAGCGGCGCGGAGGCACCGAUUCGGAAUGUAAAUACCGAAAGGGGAGAUGACGAAGCCUCGGCGAUCGAUGAGACCAGCGACACCCAGCUUCCGGAAGAACCGAAGCUGAGCGCGCGCAUACCCGCCGACGAAGAGGUGAUGGAGCUGAAGGAGAGCAUCAAGCGAACCGAGGAGGAAGACAAAGAGGAGAAAGAGAAGAUGGAGGCCAUCCAAAACAAGCUCAAGAACAUGCAGGCCCAUUCCUUCAAGGAGCGGCUGGAGGUGGGCAGUCUCGUCGCCAAGGAGCUCUCCUCCUCCAUCUUCUACGGCUUGCGGGAUUCGCUUCGGGUCAAGCACGCCACCAUCUCCAUCCAGCGGCGUACCGAUGGCAAACUGGAUCGAGUCUGUUUUGUUUGA